UUCCCUUAUCAUCCAAUCGCAACUUCUCGGGCCUUUCCGGGAGUCUUGGGAAACAUUUCCGAGAGGUUACGAUUGCCUUCCACAAGAGUAUGUCCGAAAAUUUCAAAGCGCCAAAUACACACGGAUGUUACAGCGACCUCGAAACGGACAUGGAGAGGAAAACUGUCAGCAUCGUAGGUUCAGGAAAUUGGGGGUCUGCGAUUGCCAAAAUUCUUGGAAAAAAUGUGGUGGAGAGGAAGGAAAAAUUUAACCCAGAAGUUAAGAUGUACAUGUACGAGGAGAUGAUUGACGGCAGAAAGCUGACGGAGAUCGUCAACACUGAGCAUGAAAACGUCAAGUACCUGCCAGGCAUCAAACUCCCAGAAAAUGUGGUAGCAGUUCCAGACCUUCUAGAGGCCACAAGAGAGGCAGAUAUCUUGGUUUUUGUUCUACCUCACCAAUAUGUCCACAAGAUCUGCAGUACUCUGAAAAAUAACAUCAAACAGGGCACAGUGGCAGUUUCUUUGAUCAAGGGUUUUUCGAUUCAUGAAGAUGGAGUAGUAAUUCCAAUGUCCAAGGUAAUUGGUGAGGAUCUAGGGAUUCCCUGUGCAGCCCUGAGUGGAGCCAAUCUUGCCACAGAAGUAGCCCAGGAGCAGUUCUGUGAAUCCACGAUAGGCUGUGAGGAUGACCAGAUGGGACAGUUACUGAAGGAGCUAUUUGAGACACCUUACUUCAGGGUGGCAGUGGUCUCUGACAGGCAGACAGUGGAAGCAUGUGGUGCACUAAAGAAUAUUGUAGGUAUUGGUGCAGGCAUUGUUGAUGGUUUGGGUUAUGGUGACAACACUAAAGCAGCCGUCAUACGACUCGGACUUAUGGAGAUGAUCAAGGCCACAGAAAUGUUUAUUCCAGAAAUGAAGGUGACCACAUUCUUUGAGAGUUGUGGUAUAGCUGAUUUAGUGACGACCUGCCAUGGAGGACGCAACAGACUGCUGGGAGAAUCCGUCAUCAAGUCUGAUAAAACAAUCAAGCAAUUAGAAAAAGAGCUGAUGAAGGGCCAGAGUUUCCAGGGACCUCUGAUUGCGCGGGAGAUCUAUACCAUGUUAGAAAAGAAGAACAUGACCGAUAAAUUUCCACUCUUUACUGCCAUUCACAAGAUCUGCAUACGAGAGAUGGAUCCCAAAGAGUUUAUAUCUUGUCUGAGAAACCACCCAGAACAUCUAUAGUACUCUGGUCUUCCUUGAUAUAUUAAACACAGCUCUGUGAUAAUAUUGGAUGUCUAGUUUUAUCAAGGUUUUAUAAUAUCAUUCAUUGAAAGAAUGAUUUGAUAUAUAUACAUCAUGACUAUAUACAUUUUACUGCUUAUCUUUUAAAUAUUUUGUUAAUUUGUUUUGCAUAUUAAUUUAUAUACUUUAAGGUAAAAACAUAGAACGUAAGUCAUGUGUUUCACGUUUAGUUGGUGCUUUGGUGGAUUUGCAUAAUACAAGGAAGCAAUAGCAACUACAGCAUUCUUAUGAAGUGCAAAUAAAAGUGAAAGUAGAUUAUUGUAAAAUGAAAGUUAAAUGUAAAAGAGAUUUAAAAAUCUUAAUUUGAAAAAGUGAAACUGUACAUCAAUGAUGUCAACUUUGUGGAUUGGUUGUCCUGAUGCAGAUUUCUGGGAUCAGCUGACAUGCAACCACCAAGGGCAUCCAAAGAACAGUUAUCUGCAGAUGUAUGACAAAAGGGGGAGUUUUUUUAUUGAUUAAUGGUAGACCCCAACUGUUCUUGCCAUAAAUUGUCCAUAAUAUGAACAAUUAAAGAGAUCUCUGAUUAACUGUUUAUAUCCUAAUAAAAAGCCACCAAAAAAAAUGUUUGUCUUCCCUGACACUGCGUGUAAACUGGGGGUAGUCAGGUAAACGGAUCUUUUUACAGUGUACAGUUGUCUUCAAACCUUUGUUACUAAAUAACAAUAAUGGAACAGCAAACUAAUUUUUGUAACAAAGUUGAUGCCUAGAAUAUUCAUAAAACAUGAGUUUGGUAAUUUUUCAAUUAUUCAAAUGAAAAAGUGCUAACAAACUUUUUUUAAAAGGUGGCCUAAUUGAAAAUGUCAUUAUCUUAUACAUUGUGUGUAUUAAAGAAAAUACCAUGUAUGAAACCAAGUAUUAUUUGGUAUUCCAUACACCAAUUUCAGUUAUUCAUUUUUCUCAGAAAGUCAAGCAGAGAAAUCAUUUUCCCUGUUGAUUGCAUUUUGAUUUUGAAACAGUUUGAAAUGUUAUACCCUUCUUCUGAUGUUUGAAGACAAAUUCAAAAUAUAUCAUGGUUUUGAGUGAUUGUUUUAUUCUAAAAAGAAAUUUUUUUUUAAAUGUAUUUCGAUAUAGUCUUCAAAUAUGUUUAUAGCUCUACAUAAAUACAGUGUAUAUUUUUUUUUCAUUUUGAAAUCCUAUUUCUUGAGUCUUUAUUAUUUUACUAUAUAUAUUUUAUCAUGGAUUGUUGUUUUUUUCUGUUUUUGUUGUGUAAGUAAUCAUUGUUAGCAACUUACCACAGAACAAGUUUAUUAAACGAUUGUAUUUUUAA